AUGUGGGUUCUCAGGGUCUCCGAUCUGCUGGAAAUGUUUGGACCACCUCCCUCGCACGAGGAGCUGCAACGUGCAAAGCUCCUGGUGGAGUGGAGGCGUGAGUUCUUCACGAUUUUCGUUUCGCACCAGUGGUUGAGCACACAGCAUCCUGAUCCGGAUGGUCUGCAGCUUGAGAUCUUGAAGAAAGCAGUACAGAACAUCAUUGACGGCACUGUCACUGUGGAAUCGGACGUGGUGUCACAGCUACGACAGCAGCUCCGGCGGUUUUCUGCGAAGGAGAGGCGGCAACUGGCAAAUGCUUACAUCUGGUUCGAUUGGUUCUCGAUACCACAAAUUCCAAAUUCGAAAGCCGAGCUGGGCAUCCAAUCGAUUCCAUUCUAUGUGGAAGCCUGCCAGCUUUUCGUUGCCCUGGUGCCUCCCUUGCGCCACUGUGCGGCGCAGCAGGACUGCGAUCUAGUGAGCUGGCUUUCCCGUGGGUGGUGCCGUGCAGAAAUGUGGUGCCGGCUCUUGGCUGAUGGGUCGGGCACUGACGUGCCGAUGGUUGUUGUCUCUGGGGCGGACCAGGUUGAAUUCGCAAAGCCGCUACAAUGGGUGCAAAACCCAGUGCACGAAGGCGAGUUCUCUUGCGAGUCCGACCGCAAGAGUGUGGGCAAUUUUGUUCAAGCAGCACUGGACAACAAACUGCGACGUUUGGCAGCUGCUGGGCAGUCGGAUCUGCUCAGGUACUAUGUGGCCAGAUACGAGGAGUUCCUUGGCCUGGCGGCGCCGAAACGAGACGUUCAUAGCUUUGCUUCCCGCUUCGGCUUCCAAUCGCUUCAGGCUGCCGUACGUCAGACACAUGGUAUGGGGGCCAUGGCUUGCGCUGCUCUCUCUGGAGACGCUGGCUUGGUGCGUGCCCUGGCGGCGCAGGGCGCGCCUAUUCAGUCCAGGCUGCGCGCCAUGCCCGAGGUCGGUGUGGAAGAUGGAUGGACCCCAUUGCAUUUGGCAACUAUUGGUAGAGAUGAGCUGGCUGUGGCUGAGCUCCUCCAGUUGCAGGCUGACCCCAACAGCACAGACUCCUUGUUGAAGAUUCCCGUGCUUGGACUCUGCCACACCACGUCAGCGGUGACGAUGCUGGUAGAGCACAGGGCAGACGUUAACUUAAGGCUGCCUCCAUGCUUGAUGUCCCCGCUGGCUUCCGCAUGUAGCCGUCAAGCGUCGGUGGCUGUCACUUCGAAGCUGAUCGAGCUGGGUGCUGAAGUGAACUUGUCUUCAGGUGGCACUGGCAUGGGCCCGCUCGCAUGCCUGGCGAAUACAGCCGCCAGCAAUCCUCAUUGUCUUGAGCAGCUGACCCUGCUCAUCCAGAACAAGGCCGACAUCAACCAGCCUUGCAGAACCAGUGGCCUCUUCAAUCUGCUGGAGUGGGUUUGCCGUGCACAUGUGCUCGUGGUUCGAGACAAGACGCUCGCAGGUAUCAGGUUCACUGCUGACUUGAGCACAACAGCUCUUGGCCACGCAGCAUUUUUUGGCGCCGAUCGCAUGGUGCAGCACCUUCUGGAUUUACAUGCAGACCCUGAGAUUCGAAACAAGCGGGGACGCACGCCCGCACAAUUGGCGCGGCAUGCCAGAGUGCAGCAGAUCUUUGAUGAUCACGCAACCAGCUUUUCUAUCUGA